ACCCUUUCAAAUUUUCCAUAGAGACUUUGUGGAUGGGAAGGCCCCCAUUGUUGACUGUGGGAGAGAUUCUAUACACAUAUACAAGAGGUGUCAUUUUCUGUGAGCGCGACUUACGAUACAAAGUAAAGCGUGGCUGAGAGUGUUGAGUGAUGAUGGUCGUUAGAAAGAUUCUCAGUGCUUUGCCUUCAACGCUCUUUCCUUCUCUCACUCAAUCAUUGCAAGCGUCUUCGUUCUGAUAUCGUGUGAAGAAGAAUGAACAUUGGUAGAGCUAGAGAGAGAAAGUAGAGAGAGAGACAGGGAGAGAGAUUUGUGUAAUUUUGUAUGAACAUGGCAAAUUAUCCCAUCCCUUCAACCUCAAAGUGGUCCACUCCAAUUAAUACUCUGAUGCCCAUCCUUAUCCUGCACUCUCUCCCUUCCUCUUAUCCUACGCGCCCAUCUCUCUUUUCUUUCCUCUAACCCCCAGCUAACAAACCCAACAACAUUGCCAACCAAAAAGAGAAAUUCCGAAAUUUUAAUUUAAUCAAACAACAGACAUGUCUGCAGCUGUUUCAGCUUCAGGGGUUUGGAGCAGAGAAGAAGAGAAAGCUUUCGAGAAUGCCAUUGCUUUGCACUGGGCAGAGGAGGACUCAAAAGAGCAAUGGGACAAGAUUGCUUCAAUGGUUCCUACCAAAACCAUUGAAGAGUUGAAGCAACACUACCAACUACUUGUAGAGGAUGUGAGUGCAAUUGAGGCUGGACACAUACCGCUUCCUACUUAUACUGGAGAGGAAGCAUCAAUAUCAUCAUCAUCUACCAAGGACAACCAUGGGGUCGCCGCCACCGACAAGCGAUCCAAUUGUCAUAAUGGAAGUGGGUUCUUGGGGUUAGGCCAUGACUCCACUGGACAAGGUGGGAGAGGAGGAUCGAGGUCGGACCAAGAACGGCGCAAAGGAAUUCCAUGGACAGAAGAAGAGCACAGGUUGUUUUUGCUUGGUCUUGACAAGUUUGGGAAAGGGGAUUGGAGAAGCAUUUCAAGAAAUUUUGUGAUAUCAAGGACUCCUACACAAGUGGCAAGCCAUGCCCAAAAGUACUUCAUUCGAUUGAACUCAAUGAACAGAGACAGGAGGAGAUCCAGCAUUCAUGACAUUACCAGUGUGAACAAUGGAGGAGAUGUUUCAAUUCAUCAGGCGCCAAUUACCGGCCAACAGACCAACCCAAAUCCCACGAAUGCAGCGCCUGCAAUUGGAACGGCUGUAAAGCAGAGGCUUCAGCAGCCAAAUAUGCCGACGGGUCUGGGCAUGUAUGGUGCACCAAUAGGACAUCCAGUUGCUGCUGCUCCGGGGCAUAUGCCGUCGGCAGUUGGGACUCCUGUUAUGCUUCCUCCUGGACACCCACCCCCCUACGUUGUGCCACUUGCAUACCCAAUGGCACCGCCCACAAUGCAACAAUAACAACGGUCCCUCUCUCUCUCUCUCUCUCUCUCAUUCUCUUUCUCUCUCAUCUGUGCUUAAUUCAUGCACAUGGAAGUGAACUAAGACGGACCAACACCCCCACAGGGAGGCUAAUUUCUAAAGAACAAGGGCACGAGUCUGCUCUGUUCUAAUCAAAUCGUGUUAACUAGUCAUUCUAUCUUAUAACUGCAUUUACAUUGGUGUAUGUGCCACAAUCAAAUAAUGGGCUUCAUCUCUUAGUAUAAAUGUACCUAAUCAAGGUCUUUGAA